AUGAUGCUUCUGCCCUUACUCUUGUUCCUGGCCGCUGUACUGCCCCCAUCCCUUCAAGAUGACUAUGAGGAAACGAAUAAAGAUAUUGAGAAUUUGUCAACCACUAGAGAGUCAGUACAAGAAGAAAUUGUAAACAAGCAUAACGAACUGAGAAGAAAAGUCUCUCCACCUGCUAGUGACUUACUAAAGAUGCAAUGGAGUGGUGAUGCCCAAGUGAAUGCACAGAGAUGGGCAAACCUGUGCACUCAACAACACAGUCCACAAGAAGAGAGAACAAUCCACAUAAGAUGUGGUGAGAACCUCUUCAUGGCAAGUUAUCCAGCAUCGUGGUCUGAAGCAAUCCAAAGCUGGUUUGAUGAAUCCAAUGACUUUGUCUUUGGUUCAGGGCCCAAAAAAUCUGGUGCAGUAAUUGGACAUUAUACUCAGUUGGUAUGGAAUACAUCUUACGAAGUUGCAUGUGGAGUUGCUGAGUGCCCUGACCAACCUUUGAGAUUCUACUACGUUUGCCACUACUGUCCUCCUGGUAAUUUUUUAGAAAGGAUACACACUCCUUACACAAUAGGAGAACCUUGUGGCAGUUGUCCUAAUGACUGUGAAGACGGACUGUGCACAAACAUUUGUGAAUAUGAAGACGGCUAUUCUAACUGUGAAGAUCUGAAGAGAUCACUAACCUGUAAUCAUCCGAUGGUGAAAGAAAGCUGUAAAGCUGCAUGCAACUGUGAAGGAAAAAUUCACUAAAUUUUCCAGUACACACAAACAGGGCCAUGUGAAGUAA